CUUUUGUGAAAAAGGAACAAAGAAGAGUUUUCUGCAAGGAUCAUAUUAAGUGCACUUUUUUGCUGAUACAUCAUUUCUAAUCUUAGAGAAAAUUUCAGCUGUAGCCCUUGGACUAGAAGCUGAAAUAAUAGAAGCUGUGUACGAUGCAUUAGGGUAUUGAAGAAAAUUAAUUUUGAAUUAAAUAUUUGGAAUAUAAGGAAGGAAAGGUGACUGAAAAUGGGGCGGAAGAAAAUACAAAUCACACGCAUAAUGGAUGAAAGGAACCGACAGGUCACUUUUACAAAGAGAAAGUUUGGAUUAAUGAAGAAAGCCUAUGAACUUAGUGUGCUCUGUGACUGUGAAAUAGCACUCAUCAUUUUCAACAGCUCUAACAAACUGUUUCAGUAUGCCAGCACUGAUAUGGACAAAGUUCUUCUCAAGUAUACAGAAUAUAACGAACCUCACGAAAGCAGAACCAACUCGGAUAUUGUUGAGGCUCUGAACAAGAAGGAACACAGAGGGUGCGACAGCCCAGACCCUGAUACUUCCUAUGUGCUAACUCCACAUACAGAAGAAAAAUAUAAAAAAAUUAAUGAGGAAUUUGAUAAUAUGAUGCGGAAUCAUAAAAUCGCACCUGGUUUGCCACCUCAGAACUUCUCAAUGUCUGUCACAGUCCCUGUGACCAGCCCUAAUGCUUUGUCCUACACUAACCCAGGGAGUUCACUUGUGUCCCCAUCUUUGGCAGCCAGCUCAACAUUAGCAGAUUCAAGCAUGCUGUCUCCACCUCAAGCCACGUCACACAGAAAUGUGUCCCCUGGAGUCCCUCAGAGACCACCAAGUACUGGUGGUGCAGGUGGGAUGUUGAGCACUUCAGACCUCACAGUGCCAAAUGGAGCCGGAAGCAGCCCAGUGGGGAAUGGAUUUGUAAACUCCAGAGCUUCUCCAAAUUUGAUUGGAACUACUGGUGCAAACAGUUUAGGCAAAGUUAUGCCGACAAAGUCUCCCCCUCCUCCAGGUGGCGGCAAUCUUGGAAUGAACAGUCGGAAACCAGAUCUUCGAGUUGUCAUCCCUCCUUCAAGCAAGGGCAUGAUGCCUCCCCUGUCGGAGGAAGAGGAGUUGGAGUUGAACACCCAGAGGAUAAGCAGUUCUCAAGCCGCUCAGCCCCUGGCCACCCCAGUCGUGUCUGUGACCACCCCCAGCUUGCCUCCGCAGGGACUGGUGUACUCGGCCAUGCCCACCGCCUACAACACUGAUUACUCGCUGACCAGUGCGGACCUGUCGGCCCUGCAGGGCUUCAACUCGCCGGGAAUGCUGUCUCUGGGGCAGGUGUCGGCCUGGCAGCAGCACCAUUUAGGACAAGCAGCGCUCAGCUCUCUGGUUGCUGGAGGGCAGUUAUCUCAGGGUUCGAAUCUAUCCAUUAAUACCAACCAAAACAUCAACAUUAAGUCAGAACCGAUUUCACCUCCCCGGGAUCGCAUGACCCCGUCAGGCUUCCAGCAGCAACAGCAGCCGCCGCAGCCGCCGCAGCCCCCCCAGCCCCCCCAGCCCCCCCAGCCCCCCCAGCCCCGGCAGGAAAUGGGGCGCUCCCCCGUGGACAGUCUGAGCAGCUCGAGCAGCUCCUACGAUGGCAGUGACCGGGAGGAUCCGCGGGGCGACUUCCACUCUCCUAUCGUGCUUGGCCGGCCCCCAAACAGCGAGGACAGAGAAAGCCCUUCUGUAAAGCGAAUGAGGAUGGACGCGUGGGUGACCUAAGGCCCCAGCCGGUGUUCGCGCCUCGUGUUACCGCAGUGAACUGCUCUCUAGAUCGGUAAAUAAGGACAGGAGUUAGAUAUAUUUAUAUGUACAUACAUACAUAUAUAUCCCUUUAUAUAUAUAUAUGUAUGUGGGCGUGAGUGUGUGUGGGUGUGUGUGUGGCUGGGUGUGGGUGGGUGUGUGUCGCAGCGGAAUCAGGCACUUACCUGCCUCGUAGAUCUGCAGAUGUGCGUCCCAUGGCAAACAAAGCACCCUGUAGGCAGAGGCUAGUCUGGCACUUCCUUGGACUACUUGUUUCAUAAGAUAUCCAGUGUUUGCAGAGAAACGUGUACCCAUAUGUGAUUCUCCCACGCUAGCUUGCAGAAACCUAGAGGGCCCCUGCUUGUUUUAUUUAACUGUGCAGUGACUGUAGUUACUUAAGAAAAAUGCUUUGUAGAACAGAGCAGUAGAAAAGCAGGAACCAAGAAAGCAAUACUGUACAUAAAAUGUCAUUUAUAUUAAUUACCCAGCCUGGCAUGGGUCUCUGUUGCAGAGGGGUGCAUGGGAAGGGCUGUUGAUAUUUUAAAAAAACAAAACAAAAAAGCCCCACACAUAACUGUUUUGCACGUGCAAAAAUGUAUUGGGUCAGAGAAGUGAUCUUUAGCUAAUAAAAAGAGAGAGAGUAGAAAACACGCAUGAGAUAUUCAGAAACUACUAGCCUAGAAAUAUAGAGCAUUAACAAAAUAAAUUAAUAUAUUAAGUUAUAAUUGGACUAUGUCAGAAGUUUCUUUUUACAUUCAUAUCUUAAAGAAACAUUUUAGCUCAUGUAUAUUUUAUAUGAAAGAAAACACCCUUAUGAAUUGAUGACUAUAUAUAAAAUUAUAUUCACUACUUUUGAACACAUUCUGCUAUGAAUUAUUUAUAUAAGCCAAAGCUGUAUGUUGUAACUUUUUUUUAAGAGAAUAGCUUUAUCUUGUUUUAACUUUUUAGUUUUAUUUUAAGAGGGGAAAAAAACAAAACAAAACAAAAAUAUCUUGCAAGCAGAACCUUGGAAAAAAAAAGCCAUGAACACUUAUUAUUCUAUAUGUAAAUUAAAAGUUGAGCCAAACUCUUUGUGUAUAUAGCAUCUUAAAUAUAUUAUCACCUUUGAUGUAAGUACCUAUGUAUUGUAUGGUCACCAGAUUAAAAAGUAUAUUUUUGUGGAUUGCCGCCAAUUUGGGGGGAAAAGGCGAGAUCCUUAUCAAGUAGAGUAUUCACUGUUUAAUAUUUACUAUUUUGUUAAAUAUACUGUACUUUGGAUUUUAAUUAUUAGCCCAGUCUUUUCAGAGGAUUGUACAAAGGGGUUUCUCCCCUCACUGGUGGUGAAUGUGUGAUGUUACAUUGUAAUCUUUGUGCUGUAUGGGUUGAGCAUCAUUAUAUAUUUUAUAUGUGUACAUAAAUAGCAAAGUGGCAAAAAAAAAACUGGUGUUAAGUUCAUCUUGCAUAAAUAUAAAAUGUGUUGUAACAGAUUUUAUAAGGCAUUGCCUUUUGUGAGGAAAAAAACGGUAGUAGAAAAAGCCGACCUAAUUUAAUUAAUAUUAGAGAACAUGGCAAAAUAGUAGAUGAGCACAAAGGUUUUAUAAGUGGUAAAUGAUUAGGGAAAAGUAUUUUGGGGGGAAGGGGGGGAAAGGGAUCUUUUCUUCCUGGACCCUCUUAGAAUAGAAUCAUGCAGCUGGUUACAAACUCCUGCCAUCUGAACCCUGUGCAUGGAGAUGACAUUUGGGUGUGGGGAGAAAUUCUCUGGCGGGCAGAUCCGGGACCCGCCGUCCGGGACCCGCGCCGCACUCAGCUCAGCUCUUGGGCAAGGCCUUACUCCUCCUGCAGGCGCCGGCGGGGCCGUGGGAGCAGGCUGGGCCGUUUCCUGGGCUUGUGCCGCACACAAAAUUCAAAGUCCUGUAUAUCUUUCAUCAUAGAUUUUUUUAAAAACUCCCUUUCGUGAGAAACUCAAAAUAAGGGUUUAAGAGUUGCUGCUAUUUUGUAUUUUAAACUCAAUAUUGAGCAGCUACCUACAGUUUUCACUUAGUUUUGCUUUUCCCCCUAAAUUGCCUGCCUUUUAAGACAAUUUCCUCAUAAUGCUACUUGUGACAAAUCAUCAGUCAGCUUUCCUGACUGACACAUAGGUAUUAGGUACAGGAGAAACCUGUGGCAUUCACAACUACAAAAAUGGAAUUCUCUUUUAAUUUUUGAUCGAGGCCAAAAAAGAGAGGGUGAUGUGCCCUCUCCUCUCGUCAGUAUAGACGUUUGGCUCUUCCUCAGAAAGGAUUAGUUUUUCUUUAAAAUGUACUUCUUUUACUGAACUACACACAGGCACAUUUCUUCAUAAGGUCACACCUAAUUGAAACAAGACAGUCUCCCAACACUGAAUUUCCAAGAUGAUCCUUACCACUUUGUAAACCAUUUAUAGCUUUGGAAGUGUUAAGUGAUUCUUUCGUUAUUAUUUAUGCAUGUUCAUGAACUUCUGCUGUACAUUGGAUAGGAGUUAACACAUUCACAUUUACUGUCUAUUUUCUUGUGUGCCUUAUGAGAUGGCUUUUCUGACUGUAUCUCAAUAGUCUUUCUUUCUAUGCAGGUUUAUAAUCAGUACAACUACUGUUUUCUAAAAUAAUAUUACACAAGGCUCGGAGUUUGUAUUUCAAUUACACUGACCAAGGAACAAUGUAUUCCGUUUUCAGGAAGUGAAUAUCUGACUGUUAACCCUCUUCCUGUAUGCCCGGUGUGACGGGAGCAUACGGACCGACAGACACCCCUCACCCAGACACCAUGACACACACAUACACACGCACCUCCCCCGGUGGACACCCGCCCGGAGAGGGGGGAGACACGAAUGGUGUUUCUUUAGAACCGACUCUUCUUACCGUUUUAGACUCCUGUGUUUUGUGUGACACCAUCGCCAGAAACCCUCAUCCUCAGACGAAGUAUUUUAGUGCUAACAGACAAAAACAACAAAAGCGUCGAGCGCACCGCGCUGGAGGGCGUAGUCUCCACCGCUGCGCUCCCGCGCGCCGCCGCCUGCGGAUGGUCCCAACCAAAACUCCAUCUUUUGAGCCCUAAUUGCGCCCAUUGUGUUCGAGACUCAAUCAGGGGUUUGUUCUAAAAGAACAACAUAUGUUUCGCCAUUUCCUUUGACUGUAAGGACAGCUGAUAAGCGUUAACAUAUUUUCUUGAUUAACCAUCAUGCGCACAAGAAAUACAUAGUAAAUAAGGAACCAGAAAACUCCUGGCGUCGGAUCUUGAGAAGCUAGAUGAGUAGAAUGUGAAAAAGAUUUUACAAAUGUAAAACUUUUAUUUCUCUGUAGAAACUUUCUUCACUUUGCUGUGCAAGAAGACACUGCUUUGCUAUAUUUAAAAUGGCUUUUUUAAAAAGAGAUUUAUGUAUUUGGUAAAUGUUUGUAGUCAACAGUUCACACAAGAAGCUGUACACGGUUUGAUCACGUAAAACCGUUUGGCGGCACAAGCUGGACUUUGUUGCCAUCCUUGAGAUGAACCUUUUAAGAAAUUUAAAUAAGUUAAUCUCAAUUUUUCCCUGAAUGUGUUGUUUUUCUUCAUUAUACAAUAAAUAUUAUAGUGAACUUUUUAUCAAAUGGUUAAGAAAAUGCUAGAGGUUGUUGUAAACUAUUUGUAUCCUGCACUCACUACAGUAAAGACGGACUGGCUUUUCCUGUGUA